AGCUGUACGCUUAGAAGCUAAGGCGAGUCAGUACCACAACCAGUGAAAGCAAACCCAGACAACGCGACAGUGUCAACAAACAUCGAUCAACAAGAGAGAAAUGAAGCUGAAGCGCGAUAUGAGCGUUAUCUUUCUGGUUGGAUCAUUCCUCCUCCUUCUACCAUUCUCCGAAAGCAAGGAUGUGAGGUGGAAAUGGCAGGCUGGUAGUUCUAGCGUGAACCAAGUCGCUACAGACCUGGGACUUGGGGCACGUUCAGGAGGCAUGGUUCUUAAGGACUACAACACCUACAACAAUUUAUACUUAUUUGGAGGUCUUGUUUAUGAUCCCAAGUUAAACAAACAGCGCCUGACUAAUGAUUUAUGGUUUAUAAAUGGAGGGGUUCCGUCUGAAAAUAUCCUGCAUAAAGGGAACAGUGGCCAAGGAGUCAAGCGAGGGACUGAUCAGUUACCUGCUCCACGUAUGUUGGGUGCUGGCUGCGGUAUACCGGGAGCCAUGUUCAUGGUGUACGGCGGCUAUGGGGAACAGGAUGUUCUGGCCGAUACAUGGAUCUACGACUUCAGACUUAAAAACUGGAGCAGUUUUGAAAAAAUGCAUUCAGAUAUGAAAGAAAAUGACACUGACUUGCUUUCCCCGCCAGCUAGAGCUGAUAUGGCAGUUUGGUGUUUGCGUGAUAAACUGGUCAUCUUUGGAGGAAUCGGUGUGAAAGCUCAGAUUUUUCGGGACAUGUGGGAGUUUGACUUCAGGACCUUGACCUGGAGAGAGAUGGAGAAUUCUGUACUGAUGAGGAACCAGAUCUAUAACAAUCACCUGACUCUGUGGCCGGAACCAAGAAAUGGUGCCACAACCUGGGUCAAAGACACUGCUCUUUACUUGUUUGGUGGAAAUAGAGCACCCAAUUACAACAUAAACUAUCAUCACAAUACAGGAUUUGGCUCCGAUUUGUUCAUGUAUAACAUCACAGAGGGCACUUGGAGAUAUGUACAUGGUAGGCGACAAACAGGUCAAGCUGGCAAGUUUGCCUUUGUGGGACAGCACACGAGGGAUAACGAGCCAGGCUGUCGGAGAGGUGGUGCAGGGAUAGUGGACACUAGUGGAAAUCUCUGGCUGUUUGGCGGAGAAGGAGCCGAUGUCCAAACCAAUUCCAUUUCGUCUGUGAAACCACCAAAACGUCUCGCAGAUUUAUGGCAUUUUGAUGUGUUGAAGAAUCAAUGGGCUUUCAAGGCUGGGUUUGAGAGCGGAAACUCGGCUGGUAUUUACAAUGGUGACAAGAAUACUUACUACACUGGCUCCCAGCCUGGGUCAAGGUUUGACACCAUGGCUGUCGUGGCUGGGAACACAAUUCUCGUCUUUGGUGGCACAGGAAUGGAUGCCGGUGGCAAGGAAGGUCUGCUCAGUGACUUCUGGGAAAUUGACAUGCACAACUAUGUGGCCUAUUUUAGUGCCACUUAUUCUGGUACUAUUUUCAACUUGAUCUUCUGGCCGUUCACACUUGUGGCUAUCAUAUGUGUGUCCUUUCUCUACGGCCGAAAAUUCUUCGACAAGCCUGGUACUAAACGGGACAUUGCCUAUGCACCGCUCACACAGGAAUGAUGAAAUUAGUCAAUAAAUUAGUUAAGGUGACAAAUGAUUUUUUUACCCAAGACAAAGGCUUCAGAGAGUGUUUUAACUCGCUCACCCCUACAUAUUUAAACUGGACUUACCCAGUCUUUGAUUUGGUAAGGUUCAAAUGUGACUUUAGAGGUGAAAGGGUUAACAAAGCAAGGUAGGAGCUGGUACAUGUAUAUUCAACGAUGUUUUAGAAUUAUAGGAAUUUGACCCAUUUUUGAUGACAUAGCAUAAAAUUAAUAAAUGGAAAAAAAAGAGUAAAAAUCAGAAAAUGUGUAAAUCAUAUUUUUUUUAAAGAUUUAGUAAGUUUAAUAUAUCUUUUCGUUAAAAGAAGCCCAUAUUAUGAAGUUUUCACAGAUUAACAAAACAAUGCCAAGUGUAUUAUGUUUUGAAACAAAAGAAUAAACAUACUAAGGGGCCAAAUUCCACCUCCGCCAUACUGGGGAUUAAACUGUGGACCUCCAAACUCGAGAUGUACAUCAAACGAAUGAUUGGGGUUGGUUUUUUUGGUGUUGUUUCUCUUCAACCUUCAAAGGGCAAGUGUGUGUCUAGUGAAUGAUGAUUUUUUUUUUAACUGAAACCACUCUAAUCACUACUUGUGUGCUUCUGAUAUUGUCAUUUCCAAAAGGUGUGGAUCAUAGUGUAGAAUGGAACCCUAGCUUCAAUUUCAAAGGAUCCUGUCAUCUGGCUAAGUUCUAAGACAGUUACAUUCAAAAAGAAAUUAAUGGGAGAUCAGUUAAAAUCAGAAAACUAUGAUAAAAUUCUCUAGCCUUGUGCCUGAAAUCGGUCAGUGAUCGAUCAUUGACUUAAAAAUAGUAAAGUGCAUAACAGUUACCUCCCUUGCUUUCAUAAACACCACUUUGAGAUCAUUUGUAAGUUAAAAUAGUGAAUUUCAAGUGUAUCAAUAACUGAAAUGAACCUAAUGAAAAACUAUUUGUAUCAGGCAUCUCAAAAUAAUCAGAAAGGUGUUGAUUUAUCAUCAGGAGAAAUUAAAGCUAACAAAAAAUUCAGUAAAUGUUAAUUGUAUACUGGUACACUUUAUUGUAUUAAGUCAAAUAACAUUCCAUUCUACACUCCGUAGAAUUCAUCAAUUUUAAUCAUUAUUUUGCAAUAUUCCACAAUUUUGUAUAAUAUAUCUUACGCUAUGCGAGGGGCUUAUUAUUGUUAAACAUUAGUUAUAUCUAAUAACAUUGUUAUUUGUUUUUAUGUAAUGUGAGACAGAGUGUUCUGUGUUUUUCUGUGUCUCUAUAAAGGAGAGGAUUGCUCGAAACAUUACCUCAUAUUGCCUACACUGCUGAGGUAACUUCCUUGAUGUUAAUUAUGUCUUUAUACAUGUAUAUCUUCUGGAGGCACGGUAGUCUAGUGAUAGGACGUCGGCCUCGUGACCGAAGGGUUGCGGGUACAAGUCAUGGCACCGCACAGUGUUGUAUCUUUGAGCAAGAUACUUUACUCCGCUUGUUCCAGUCUACUCAUCUGUAAAUGAGUACGUG